CUGGCAGGACAGCGGGAUCCUGCAGCUGUCAGGGGAGGGGUGGCGGGGGCUGAUGUCAGGAGGGAUACAAAUAGUGCAGACGGCUAGGGGCCCUGUCUCCCCUCGCAUCCACUCUCCGGCCGGCCGCUCGCCUGCCGCCUCCUCCGUGCACCCGCCCAGCCUCGCCCGCGCCGCCACCAUGAGCCAGGCCUACUCGUCCAGCCAGCGCGUGUCCUCCUACCGCCGCACCUUCGGCGGGGCCCCGGGCUUCCCGCUCGGCUCCCCGCUGAGCUCGCCCGUGUUCCCGCGCGCGGGCUUCGGCAGCAAGGGCUCCUCGAGCUCGGUGACGUCCCGCGUGUACCAGGUGUCGCGCACGUCGGGCGGGGCUGGGGGCCUGGGGUCGCUGCGGGCCAGCCGGCUGGGGGCGACCCGCGCGCCCUCCUCCUACGGCGCGGGCGAGCUGCUGGACUUCUCCCUGGCGGACGCGGUGAACCAGGAGUUCCUGACCACGCGCACCAACGAGAAGGUGGAGCUGCAGGAGCUCAAUGACCGCUUCGCCAACUACAUCGAGAAGGUGCGCUUCCUGGAGCAGCAGAACGCCGCGCUCGCCGCCGAGGUGAACCGGCUCAAGGGCCGCGAGCCCACGCGUGUCGCCGAGCUCUACGAGGAGGAGCUGCGCGAGCUGCGGCGCCAGGUGGAGGUGCUCACCAACCAGCGCGCCCGCGUCGACGUGGAGCGCGACAACCUGCUCGACGACCUGCAGCGGCUCAAGGCCAAGCUGCAGGAGGAGAUCCAGCUGAAAGAAGAAGCAGAGAACAAUUUGGCUGCAUUCCGAUCGGAUGUGGAUGCAGCCACUCUAGCUCGAAUUGACCUGGAGCGCAGAAUCGAAUCUCUCAACGAGGAGAUCGCGUUCCUUAAGAAAGUGCACGAAGAGGAGAUCCGUGAGUUGCAGGCACAGCUUCAGGAACAGCAGGUCCAGGUGGAGAUGGACAUGUCCAAGCCAGACCUCACUGCUGCCCUCAGGGACAUCCGGGCUCAGUACGAGACCAUCGCGGCUAAGAACAUCUCUGAAGCUGAGGAGUGGUACAAGUCAAAGGUGUCGGACCUGACCCAGGCAGCCAACAAGAACAAUGAUGCGCUGCGCCAGGCCAAGCAAGAGAUGAUGGAAUACCGACACCAGAUCCAGUCCUACACCUGCGAGAUCGACGCCCUCAAGGGCACUAACGAUUCCCUGAUGAGGCAGAUGCGGGAGCUGGAGGACCGCUUUGCCAGUGAGGCCAGUGGCUACCAGGACAACAUCGCACGCCUGGAGGAGGAGAUCCGGCACCUCAAGGAUGAGAUGGCCCGCCACCUGCGCGAGUACCAGGACCUGCUCAACGUGAAGAUGGCCCUGGAUGUGGAGAUUGCCACCUACCGGAAGCUGCUGGAGGGCGAGGAGAGCCGGAUCAACCUCCCGAUCCAGACCUUCUCUACCCUCAACUUCCGAGAAACCAGCCCUGAACAAAGGGGUUCUGAGGUCCAUACCAAGAAGACGGUGAUGAUCAAGACCAUCGAGACCCGAGAUGGGGAGGUCGUCAGUGAGGCCACACAGCAGCAACAUGAGGUGCUCUAAAGCCAGAGCCCUGCUGCCGCCAGAGACCGUCCUUGCCCCUGUCCUCACUGCCUCCUGAAGCCAGCCUCCUUCCAGCCCAGGACACCACCCCUCACUGCCUCUGACCCCUCCUCACCUACCAUCCCUCAUGGUCCCCACAGGGGACAUGGCCCAUGCCUGCCCAGCCACAGAGAGCACCCCAGCCGCCUCUGCAGACCCCAGCCAUGAGUCCUGGCUGUUGGAAGUGAGUGAGCCUGGCUCUUGUGCUGGACGGAGCCUAGGCUAGAGCAGCGACCCUGCCCCUCCCACCUCCGUGACCUCAGGCACUAGCCUCUGGCUUUGGAGAAGGCCCCAGAGCAAGGUGUUGGGACACCGCAGGGUCAGGACUGAGCCCCGUGGGCCUUCCCAACCCCCAGCCCGGGAGAGAGAAAGGGCAUCCUCCUCAGCAAGCUGGGCAGGAAGCCACGGACUGGACCCUGUGGACACUGGGGGGCUUCAAAUUGUCCCCUUGGUCCCUUACUUUCCUUUCCCUAGCCCAGGGUGGGCUUAGAAAGCAGGGGCUGCAAGAGGGAACCCCCGAAGGUGCCGGAUGUGGGAGCAGGAGAAUGAGAAGGAGAGAGGGUGGGUGAGAUGCUGGAGAGGAGAGGAGAGAGGCAGAGAGCGGUCUCAGGCUGGCGGGAGGGGCACCCACCUCCCCACGCCUGCCCUCCCCGCUGCAGGGGCUCUGGACAGAAACAAUAAAGACAUAAGCACAAGCCAA